AUGGGAAACCUCAUAACUCGCUUCAAGCAAGAUCCAGAUGAAGUUGAAAGCGCUGGAAACCUGACUGAUUAUGAAAUACAAAGUUCUAUGAAGAAAAACAACAGAAAAAGGAAAAGCGGAAAUUCUCAGUCGGACAACUCGAGUUCAAAAAUAACGAAGCUGGACACAACCAGUUACGUUUACGAUAAGCUAUUCAUGAAGGUUUGUAGAUUUUUAAAAUAAAAAUUUCUCAUUUUCCGAUUGGAUUCAGGGCGAAGGUUCUGACUUCUCAGUUAUAGCUUUAGGAGAACGUUGGAAGUUACACAAACUGUAUUUGAAGCAGUGUUCUUAUUUUGAGGUUGAGUGAGAAAAGCAAAAUUAUAUGCAGAAUUUAUUCUGUUUCAGGCACUAUUGGAUGGGGUCUGGAAAGAUUCGGGUGAUGAAGUUUUACACUUGGAAAUCAAUGAUGAAAACGUUACGAUAGAAGGUAGUUUCCUUGUUUCUUUCUUGUUUCUCGAAGAGCAAUGUUAGGACUGAACGCCGUUUUUGGUUCUUUGUACAACAACGAGAUCCUCCUUGAUGUUGAGAACAUUGGUGGGAUUCUCGCAGCGGCUUUCCUUGUCGGAUUGGUUUUUGAAUAAUAUUCGCUUUUUCUAAAAAAGUGUAUUUUAGGAUAGCGUCAUUGAUCGAUGUAGUGAAAUGAUGUCUGAAGGAAUGACCAUGCAUAAUGUAAUCAAUUUUUAUCAGAUUGCCGAGAGAUACGCUUUAUUGAAAGUUUGUAUCAAAUAAUUUCCUAUAAACAUUCUUUUUCGCAGGUGCGGGAAAAGUUCUCUCAAGUAUUUGGAAACAAGUUUCUGCCGUUUUAUGAGAUGUCCCAGGAUACUGAGAGAAAUGAAGUUAACUUUUUCUUCAUUCCAUAUAGAUAUUCUUUUUUUACAGUGA